AUGCGCUGGUCGGCCGUAGCCCUGGCAGGGCCCCUGCUGCAGGCUGCACUCUCUGCCGCGUCCAGUCUUACGCCGCCUGUUCUCCCGCUGACUGUGAGGAACCCAUACUUUAGUGCUUGGUUGCCAAACGCCCGAGACGUUCCGUGGUCGAAAUGGCCUAUUUUCUGGACGGGCGAGGAGAUUGGCUUCUCGCUGCUAGCACAAGUACCUAGUACAGGUACCGUAUAUCCUUUGCUUGGACGACCACAGGACUCAUUGCCGCAGGAUGGCAGAGCUGGGUAUACUGUUAACUACCCAACUUACAAGGGAGCUACAUACGAUGCCUCGACAACUAAUUUGACAUACACCCUUCCUACAUCGGACUCUGGAAUCGAGAUUACCCUGUCUUUCUUAUCACCAAUUACGCCAACAUCGACUCUGCGGCAGUCGAUCCCAGCCUCAUACCUCACUGUAUUUGUUACUGGCAGUGCUGAUGUUAGCGUAUAUGUUGACAUUAAUGGACAAUGGGUGAGCGGUGAUCGAGGAUCGCAACUUGUCUGGAAAUUCGACCAAGUCAAAGCUGAAAGCGGCUCCGGCACACUAAAGAAAUGGGAGUUCACACGCCAAAACGAAUUGUUGGUCUCUGAAAUCGCGGACCGAGCUGAGUGGGGGACGCUGCAUUUUGUUGCGCCCAAGGAUGUUCGACAUGAGUCUGGAACAUCCGCAGUGUUGCGAGAUCGGUUCUCCAAGACAGGUACCCUGCAAGAUGCUGUGGACAGUCGUUUCCGAUCCAUCAUGGACGAGGAGCCAGUCUUCGCGUUUUCUAAGCAUUUUACCCUCAACAAUACUCACUCACAUGUAAAGACGGAUUCGGUCCAGUUUACUAUUGCUCACACCCAAGAAAUCGUUGCUCAAUAUGCCGCUGCACGGGGGUUGACCUACAUGCGACCUCUGUGGAAAUCGUGGUUUCAUACGAAUGAUGACCUCCUAGCAUUCCACCAUGCGGAUUUCGCAAAUGCCAAUACCCUGGCUUCCAACUAUUCAGCUCAGUUAGCCAUAGAUGCGUACAAGUCGGGUGCUGAUGACUAUGUGGAUAUUGUUACGCUUUCUGCUCGCCAGGUGCUCGGUGCCACCAGCUUUGCCGGUACCGCGGAGAAUCCGCUCCUAUUCUUGAAAGAGAUAUCAUCCGAUGGCAAUACUCAGACGAUUGAUGUCAUCUACCCAGCGUUCCCAUUCUUCCUCUAUACAAGCCCUCGCUGGUUGGCGUAUCUCCUGGAGCCGCUGAUUGAACACACGUUGAGCGGACAGUACCCAAACACAUACGCUAUGCACGACCUCGGAACGCACUUCCCGAAUGCAACUGGCCAUCCAGAUGGCAAGGAUGAGUACAUGCCUGUUGAAGAGUGUGGCAAUAUACUCAUCUUGGGCCUAGCAUUAGUAAAUUCCCUACGUUACACUGAUGACCAAUACUCCAUCUCUCCCUGGGCUGCCGAAGGUGGCACAAACCCGGAACCCACGUUUGAGGAAGCGCCGCUUUCUCUUUUGAAUCUGCAAACAAAAUUUGGUAUUGAUAAGCAAGAUUCUAAAUGGGGUGGACAAGGCCGUGGGGCAAAGCAUGCACGCCAAUGGGUUCAGAGGAGUUAUCAAUUGUGGAAACAAUGGACUGGUUAUCUUGUAGACUUCUCACUCGGACCAGAGAACCAAUUAUCCACCGACGACUUUGCAGGAUGGCUUGCUCUCCAGACAAACCUGGCCCUGAAGGGUAUUAUCGGCAUUAACGCCAUGAGUCAGAUUGCAGAUAUUGCGGGCGAAGCGUCAGAUGCUGCUUAUUUCAAGAGCAUUGCAGAUGAAUACAUCACGAAAUGGGAGGAAUUCGGCAUGUCUCGCGAUGGUUCGCACGCCAAACUAGCAUAUGACUGGUACGGCUCAUGGACUACGUUGUACAACAUCUAUGCGGACGCACAACUGUGUUUCCACUUAGACGGCACAAACAGCAGACGUAGCGAAACACAUCAGAUACCACUCUCAAUCGAAAAACAGGGCUUUGUCCCCCGACACAUUUACCAGAAACAAUCGAACUGGUACCAUUACGUACGACAGAAAUACGGCUUGCCUCUUGAUAGCCGUCACCUAUACACCAAGACGGACUGGGAGUUCUUUUCAAUGGCCGUUGCCAGUGAACAAGUACGCAGCGAGAUUCUCGAAUCCGUAGCCAAAUGGGUGAACGAAACCGACACCGACCGACCAUUUACCGACUUGCACGAGACCGAGGGCAAUGGCGGCUACCCCGGUAUCUAUUUCAUUGCACGCCCCGUGGUUGGAGGCCACUUCGCUUUUUUGGCUCUGCAGCGAGCAUGCGGCGGGAAAGCUAUGGAUGGACUAUCGUUUUUGGACGACGUGGAUCCCGAGUCAGACACACUCACAGCUUUAGCGGCCAUAGAAUUCAAUCGUAUGAUGCAGCCGUCUUUGAACGGUGAGCUGAAGAAGUGA